UUUUGGUGAUUCAUUUCCUUAUAAUGAUUUUUAGCACAACCAUGCGUCCACUGGCUGAAACCACGGUCAGGAGCCCUAAGACAAACCUUAGCUGUACUCCAUCCCAGGUUUUGUUUUCCACUCUUCCUCCACAGCGACGACGAGUUUGUGGCCAGCGGACACCGACCGUAGGUUGCGUCUGGUGGAGGGAGAGUGAGCGGGGCUACCCUGCGUGGUCUGACAGAAGGGGGAUUUACAUUUUAACGGGUCUCGUGCUCCGCAAAGACUACAAGGUGCACGGUGUAAACUACUGUUCUUCCGCUGGAUGUGUGUUCAUGUUGGGGCUUUAAUCAUGUCCAUGUGUCACCGUCGACGGAGGAUUGAACUUGCCAGCAGUCUAUAUUUGCCGAGGAGGGAAACCAAUACAAGGUCUCGCUGUCUCGCUGGAGCGGAGUAUUAUUAGCAGACAGUGCAACUGUCGCUCUCUGGUCAUGCACCGCAGCUACACGAUUAUGACGGUAUCAUAAUUUACAAGCAAAACACAAAAGUGUAAGGUUAAGAACAAAUUGUGUGCUGAGCAAAAGAUAAACCUUCACCUGGCUCCCAUGCUGGCUGCAAUAAAUCCUCCCCUCCACACCCUCAGCCAUGCCUGCUACUACCAAACCCUCCAGGAGAAAGACACCUGCUCAGAGAAAAGCUGCCCAGAAAGUGAUCAGCACCAAGAGGCAAACCUGUAACUCUAAUAAACCCAGAGGAAGAGCCACAGAGAGGCCCCAGAAAACACCUGCAGAACCCAAAAGGUCAACAACCAGGGCCCAGGCACAGUCAGGCCGAAGCCCCCGUGGAAGAGGGGUUAGCGGGCCUGCUACUGAGAGCCCUGGGAGGUCUCCUGGCAGAGUUAACCAUGCCCUAAAUGUAAAAGAAUCUGCAAGGCUUAGACGGCAGAGCAAUCCACCGGACCACAGCAGCGAGUUACAAGACCCCCUGGGGCGAAGGAAGUCUCUGCGGGGCACCCGGGUGCCUGUUACUCCCUACCAGCCUCCUAAACCUUGCAGAGGAGGGAGAAACAGCAGGAGGGGCGCAGGGAGGCGAGCAGCAUCACAGCAAGGAAACACAAGAAACAAGCCCUUGAGCACCAGCAUCAAUGAAUCAACUCCUGAAGAGGGAAUUGAGAGUCUGGUCGUCAGUGACGCUGAAGAAAAACUUGCAGUUUCUCUAAAAACUGAUGCUGAAGCUCCUGCAAGUAUCAAAGAUCAGAGUUUAGGAGGCAACAAUGCUAAAGAUGGCAGCCCUCUUAAAGCAGAUUCCCCGCCGUCUAAUGACCUACUGGAAGACUGUGUGCAGGGCAGCUGUGACAGUACUACAACCCAGCAAGACAAAAAGGCUGUCAGUCAUAACAGUGACGGUGACCUGAGGUGUGUGACUGGGGUGUGUGGCGAUGUUGAUGGACAGCUUAAACUCUGCAGUGACAGAAGUAAAGAUAGCCCCUGUGCGCUUACAAGAAUCUGCUCACCAGAAGUACAGAGCAACAGGAAGAGAAACAAGAGUUUAUCUAUCCUUGGAAAUAAGCUUGAUCAUCUUGGCUGUGAUGGUAAGCAAGAUGAUAUAUGUGCUGUCCACCAAGAGGAAGGUAGCAAGUUGGACUUAAAAGAAAAUAGGACAGAUGAAAGAGAGAUAGUCGCAACUGAGACAAAAGAGAAGAUAAACCAUGAGAGAGGAGAGAGUUUCGAGGGAGACAAUGCAGUUGAGACUGUGGAAGACAUGGAAGACAUGGAGGACAUGGCUGAGAGGCUGGCAAAUUGUGAGGAAGCAAAAAAAGAAAAGGAGAAUGAUUUUUCUAUCAAUCCUGACGACCCCCUCCCCAGCACUCCAGCCUUUCAAUCUCCAGAUCCACCUCACUCUAACAAUGGACUGACAGAACUGUCAGAAUCACCUGUAAAUGUGCUGUCAGUGUCCAACACAGCUACCUCAAAUCCCACCAAAGCCCCCUCCACUUCAGAGGCAGUUAAACCAGAGGGUCUGAGCCAGGGUAAGACAGACAUGCUACCUGCCAUUCAUGGUGCUAAACCUCAGUUCACAGGGUCCUCAGCUGUUGCUGAAACUGCCCUGAUGGUGCAGACUGUUCUUGUAAAAAGAAAUACACCGGUUAUUAUCCGUACUGACUGCUUCAAACACAGAUUUUUGAGGGAUUCAAGUCAGGGGGAACCACACCAACUGCAGAGCCUAGCCAUCCUUUCUCCUCUGGAAGAGAAAAAAGCUUGCACACCAGCAGAGACGCAGACCAAAGAUAGUGAAUCCAAUCCAGAGCCAUUGGAGGGCCACAGCCACAGAGAAACAUCUUCCCUGUCACUGUCACUCGCUCCUCAGUUCAGCACAGAUGCUCUUGCAGCCGAGUGUGAACCAAACCUCAGCGAGGACAGCGCUGUGGUAGCAGAGCAAAACCCGGUGCCAAAGAUCUCAACUACUUCUCUGGACAGUAGCUACACUUUCUCCUGCAGCUCAGAAAGCACACGGUCCUCUUUUUCUUUUGACACUGAAUCGGAGGCAGGGUAUGGAGAGCCUGGCCCCUCUAUACUUCCCAUAUCCUGGGGGCCAGAGGGGGCCUGUUUGCCCUCCUGGACCGCUCCGAAACAACAGAAGAAGGAGAGGAAGAAGCGGAGCAGGUGUGGGAUGUGCAAGCCAUGCCUGAGGAAGAUCAGCUGUGGCCAGUGCAGUUGCUGCCUCAACCGCAGCACUGGCCACCAGAUCUGUAAGCUGAGGAAGUGUGUGGAUCUGAGGAGGAGAAGAAUUCCUCAGCUCGCUCCCUCUGCCGCACAGGUGGUUCCAGAAAGUGGGUCGGUAAAUGGCAAAGCCAAAGCGCAGAUGGAAGACACCCACACGGAAGCAGAGGAGGAUGAAGGGGAGGAAGGCCACAUACCUCAUACACAAGCUCCCACCAUCACCCACAAACCGGCCUCGGACCAAGGCGGACGGCCAUCGUCAGUUGUCAAAAGAGAGUCCGGGCUGGAGCUGACCAGCAAUGCACUUCACCAGCAUGUAUGCUCUUCUGUGAAUUUUCAGAAUGGUUCUGCUGAGAACCUGACAAAACCUAACGGUGCUAAUAUGACCACUGGGUCACACUCUGAUCUGAAGUCUGCUUUCAAAUGGACUACUAAUGCAUCAGAGCCUCAAAGGACUAUAAUUGCUACAACUCCUAAAGACUGCCCUAAGAAUGGACCCAAGACUUCUCCGGACAACAUGUCAGUUCCACUAAAGAAGAUCAAACUAGAGGAGCCGUGGAUGUGGAUCCCUGAACAGCCCACCAAACAGCUGAGCGAUGAAGACGAGGUCUGCGAAGACCCGCUGUCCACGCUGGCGGCCGUGGUGUGUCUUUCUGUCACAGAGAGAAAAGGACUGGAGGAGAAACUUUUCAGCUCACGGUCCUCCAUUCUUUGCUCCAUCAAAACAGAGCCACCAGAUUUGUACUUUGUCAAAAAAGAGCCAGAGGACUUACAGAAUGACUUGUUUCAGAAAAGCACUCCUGUUUGCCUGCAAAGGAAUCCGCAAUACAUUAAAAGUGAACCUACUCAAGGUGUCUUGCAACAGAGCGUGCAGUCUUUGGCAGAGAGAAGAAAUCUUAGUUUUGAUCAGGCUAUUGCUAUUGAGGCCUUGACUCAACUGGCAGCUAUACCUCAGAGCCCCGCAGGGUCCAUUAAAACUGAACGUAUGUGUGAACAUAGCACUUCCAACACAAAUACAACCCUGCAAGACGUCAAACACGCACCAGCUAUUCGCUACAAGAAAGUGUCGGUCAUCAGCUCGCCACUCCACCAUACAUCAGUCAUACGCCCUCCUGUGGCCAGACAAGGAAACGUCAUCCAGUGCUCCCAGGGGUCUAACGCGAAGCUGUCUCUGCACGAUCUCUUAGAAGCUAGCUCAGACAGAGAUAAAGCACCCUGUAGGAAGACAGAGCCGGGCUUUGGUUCUCAUGUCAUCAAGUCGGAAUGCAGCUAUAAAUAUCCCAAUGACAUGAGAGCCAGUAAAGAUCAUGAGCGAUUGUUCGCGGAGGACAGAGACAGGGUUGUUGGUAAAGCGAGGAGGAACAGAGAGGAGGAGGAGGAGGUGGCAGCUCAGCUGGCAGACCUGGCCUUCAUCAUCCAGUCUCGACACAACCAGCACUCGGAGAAAAACCCUCAGAAAGGAACACCUGUGUCAGCCAUCAAAUACAACUACAGCUCCCAGAUAUCCCCCAGUCAGAAAAAGCCCCCCGUGAAAAAAACAAGAGCAACGCCUUCCAAGCCCAGGAAGAAAAAAAGUGAUGGACCUAAUGAGGGAAUCAACUGCCGGACCCCCCUCUCAAAACGCACGCCAAAUGGAGAGACUUCCAGGGGGAGAGGCCAGAAGAUUCAGGGGAAACCAGUCCUUCACCACAAGAGGAACCUGUUUCUGCCUCAGGCUCAAAUCGACCUGAAGAGAUACUUGGCUGAGGCUCAGGAGGAAAGGAGGCAACUCAUCCAUCACAGUAACACACACAGUGCAGCCCACCUCGGGCCGCAGACUCACAACUACAGCCCUCUCACAAGGGUCAACAACACCGGUCCAGAACACCACCCAUGGUCACUUUCUAACGGUCCACUCCACCAACACAAUCCAUGCAACGGUCAUGCUGGGCUGGACUAUGAAAGGCAUUUGUUUUCUCAGGGAGUGCAUCACGGUGCUGAUCCGAACACCAGCGCGGCCAAUAACCCUUUCCUCAGCCACUCAUCUGGAAACCAUGGACUGUCUAAUGGCUUCUCGGGGGGCCGGCAGUCCCCUCCUCCGAGCCAGCAGGGCUACUACAAGCUGGAGAGGGCAGGACCUGUCACUAUCCUGUCCACUAGUACUGACGGGGUUCAGAGCCAGUCUGAAGAAACAACUCCUUCCAAGAACAGCGUCAACAGCUUCCUGGAGUCUCCUAUGAGUUUUUUGGAUACCCCUACCAAGAACUUGCUAAAUACACCUUCCAAAAAACUUGCUGAUCUUCCAUCCUGUGAAUGCGUGGAACAGAUCAUUGAAAAGGAGGAAGGCCCUUACUAUACUCACCUUGGGGCAGGGCCUACUGUUCCCGCAGUGAGGGAACUGAUGGAGAACAGAUAUGGUGCCAAAGGAAAUGCAAUCAGGGUGGAAGUUGUUGUUUACACUGGGAAAGAAGGAAAGAGCUCCCAGGGGUGUCCAAUAGCAAAAUGGGUGGUCCGGCGUAGCAGUGAACAGGAGAAGCUGCUGUGUUUGGUCCGCCGGAGGCCGGGGCACUACUGUGAAACGGCCGUGUUGGUGAUCCUCAUCCUGGCGUGGGAGGGAAUCGCUCGGCCGGUGGCAGACAAUCUCUACCAGGAGCUCACAAAGUCCCUCUUUAAAUACGGCUCCCCCACCAGCCGCCGCUGCGCCCUCAAUGAGGAUCGAACAUGUGCCUGCCAGGGUUUGGACCAGGACACAUGCGGAGCUUCAUUUUCUUUCGGCUGCUCCUGGAGUAUGUACUUCAAUGGCUGUAAGUUUGCCCGGAGCAAGGUUCCGCGCAAGUUCCGCCUGCUUGGAGACGACCGGGAUGAGGAGGAGAAGAUAGAGAGCAACCUGCAGAAUCUCGCCUCUGACCUUGCACCCCUCUACAAAAGACUGGCUCCGGAGGCCUUCCAAAACCAGGUGGAGAAUGAGGCGGCAGGGAAUGACUGCCGUCUGGGUCGGAACGAGGGUCGUCCUUUCUCUGGGGUCACAGCCUGUGUGGAUUUCUGUGCCCAUGCUCACAAGGACACUCACAACAUGAAUAACGGCAGCACUGUGGUUUGCACUUUAACCAAGGAAGAUAACCGGGCAGUGCCUAACAUACCAGAAGAUGAGCAGCUCCAUGUUCUUCCACUUUACAGAGUCUCCGCAAGGGACGAGUUUGGUCAGGUUGAGGGUCAGUGGGCCAAGAUGCGGAGCGGUGCUCUGCAAGUUCUGUCUGCCUUUCCCAGAGAAGUGCGUCUCCUGGCUGAGCCAGUGAAAUCAGCCCGUAAGAUCAGGCAAGAAGCUCGUCUGAAGGCCCAAGCAGGGAAGCUGGAGAAGAAGCUCGGGCUGACUCCCCAAACUCCUGGGAAAGUGAAGAACGACACCCCCAGCAAAGAGCCACAGGGCUUCUCCAGCUCGUACAGACUGCCUCCAAGGCCUGCCAGCGAUGGACGGUACCCACAGGACAGGAAUCAACCCGGCACUUACAACCAGAGCACCAGCAGCUAUCCCACCUCGGGUGCAGGGGUCACCCCACAGAAGGAGGUCAUCCCCCCCAACCACCAUGGCCUGCCUGGCGGCCAGUUUGGACAGAAUGGCUCAGCUGUUAAUUAUAAAACAGUGAGUGAUGCUGUGAAUGGUUAUUCUUCAGCAUCUGGUGACCAGAGUGUACAUAUGCCUCCACAUAAUGCCCUUAGUGGCUACCCCCAUGUUUUUAAAACUGAGCCAAACGAGGUGCACUGCUCUCCUCUGCGCAGACCCUCCCCCAGUGGGAGUGCUCCUCCUCCCCCCCCCUUCUCCCCCAGACCUACCUCUGAGGGCCUCUUCAGCAGGCUCAAUGGACACAACAGGGCUGCAGGAGAUGUCACUGCAGAGGUCAGGGGUCAUGGCUUUCCUCCACUCUCUUCUCUCCCCCUUCCCCCACAGACUCCCCCGCCUGAACCAGAGGAAUUGAAGCAGGAAGAGGUGUGGUCAGACAGCGAGCACAACUUCCUGGACCGUGACAUAGGCGGAGUCGCGGUGGCACCGGCACACGGCUCCAUCCUGAUAGAGUGUGCGCGGCGGGAGCUCCACGCCACCACCCCAAUCCGCAGGCCCGACCGCAGCCAUCCCACGCGCAUCUCCCUGGUCUUCUACCAGCACAAGUCUCUGAAUGAACCAGGGCACGGGAUGGCUAUGUGGGAUGCAAAGAUGGCCAAGCGGGAGAGGGAGCGGGAGGAGGAGGCCGAGAGAUUAAGGAUGGAGGAAUGUCUGGGGAAUACCGGAAAAGGAGGUGUGGAGCAAGAGGAGGGAACAGGGGAGGAUCCAGAGGGGACAAGGAGGACAAUGCAUGUCCCCACACGACAAGCUUGGACUCUCCCGAGGGAUGGUGUUGUCACCGUGUCCCCUUAUGCUCUUACCCAAGUGACGGGUCCCUAUAAUCGCUGGACUUAGAUGACAUGUUUUACACACACACACAUACACACACACACAUACACACAAACACACACACACACACACACACACACACACACACACACACACACACACACACACACACACACACACACACACACACACACACACACACACACACACACACACACACACAAAGAACCUUCUACACCCUGUGCUUCUGCCUUACCUCAUUCAACUUCAAACUGCUACUCUCAUUUUUUAAAGUUGUUUUCAUUGUGCUUUUCUAGAGUCUGUUUGUUGACUUUGCCCUUCUUGGUCUCUGCUUUCAAAGUGAUGCGGAAGACCAAAGUUGGUUGGCUUUUUUAACUGUGAGUUUCUGUGUUUUUAUUGUAAAGAGAUGGUGCUUUGAAGCAUUUUUAAGACGUUUUUAAACUGGUUUUAUAUACAUGAUUAAGAACAAAAAAUAUGUGAUUAUUUAUUCUGAUCAUAACGAUUUCUAUUUAAUUCCUGGUGCAAGCCUGUUUACUGCAAGAUUUCUAUGAUAACCUGCAUUGUGUUUUCAGAAUUCACGUUGUACAGUAGGAAUUUGCUAUUUUUUUUUGCCAAUAGUUCGCUUUUCAUAAGAUGAAUCUCAUUGGCUUCUAAGUUGGUGCCAUUCUCACUGUAAAACCUGCUUAACACCAUAACAUCACAUCAUGUAGAAACAGGACUAAUAUUGUGCUUAUAGUAACUACAGAUUGUCACAUGUAGCAUCAUGCUUUACCUUCUGCUGCCUCUGACUUCAGGCGGCAGUCGAUGAAAGAAAUGUUCUUCUUCGUUGAUUUGUUUUCUUUAUGUCUGGAUGUUUUUCUUUUUAUUCACAGAUUUGUAUGGCAUAUUAAGAAGCACUUUUUUAUUUUUUUAAACUUAACUUGAAAAGGUCCCAAUCUUUAGGCCUAAAUAUGUAUGUACAGAUAGAGAUAUAUGACAGUUUAGCAUGAUCCUGGUUUUAUCUUUACAGUAUUUUUCAUUUACAAUUUGUUGAAAAUGGCUUACAUAUCUAAGGAAAUUUUAAACUUUACAUACUAAGGAAUCGCGAAAUGCUGCAACAGUAAGGUGCUUACCAUUAUUAGCACUUAACUUAUUUUCACCUUCUGGAAAAUUAUUUCAAAAAAUCACAAGUGUGAUUAUAGGAUUUCAAAAACGUACUUGAUGGUGCUUAUAAGACCUACUUAUUCAUUAAGUGUUUGAUAUGUCGACAGAAUUAUACCGUUUUUUAUGUCCAUAAUCAUGUACAACAGUGUCUGAAUAAUCAGUCUAUUGUUCUCUUCCGCUCUGCUUUUGUUGGAAAACCACUCAAACAUCAGAUUCCACUCAGACUAGAAGACGGUUUUUGGUGCUCGACCUUUGUGAAGACUUUGUUUUGUUACAGGGUUAAAAUAAGGGGGUUAGUGUCAACUCCUGGUGAAUCAGGAUCUUUUUUAUUACCGGUGAAACAGAAGCUAUUUGUUUUUAAAACCCAGCAAUUAAAUUAUAGCACAAGAGAUAAUGACCUUUCACUGAUAUUCACACUGACACUGGUAUAAUGUUUCUUGAGAAACUUGUUGGUCUUUCAAACACUUUUACUUCCUUUUGGUGCUAAUAGGACAACAUUGACUUGACAUGGUUAUAUACUGUACAUUGGUGUCAUGGUGCUUUUAUACAACUCUACACUGAUCUGAUGUAUGUUUCAAUACAAAGGUAGUUUUUUAAUUUUUCGGACAGACGGAGAUGCAUUUCUAUCUCCACCAUUGAUCAUGAUGCUUUUUAAUUAUCAGUGAAAGAAAUCUAAUUAUUGUGCAGAUUUUCCUCUAGCCCUCAAAUGUCUUCCACUAAUAACCAAAAUCUGCAACCAUUUUAAAAAAUCACAACACACACACAAAGUGAAAUGAAUGUAAACAGUUCUUAAAUCAGUGGAUUUAAAAAUGUUGAACCCAACAUGACAAAGUUACACUUGUAAAUGUUUUUGACUGACUGAGGGGACGUUCUCAAUCCACAUUGAAAGUAUUUGUAUCAACAAGGAACUAACAACUAGCACCAGCAUUACAACAUCUUUAAAAAAAACAUUUAUUAGUAGAAAAUGUGUAAAUAUGUUUGUGAACCAUAUUGUUCUUACUGUACUAUUAAUGGUGUUUAGAUAAUGGAUGCUCUUGCUUAUUUUGAAACUGAAUUACUGUACGUUGCUGAAAGUAUAUCCAGUUUAGACUUGAGAAGAGGCUACAUUUAGCAUUCCUUAUAUGGAUGGCUGAUCUCUUUUUGGGAUUGUGAAAUAAAGUCAUAUUUAUAUUUUGGACCUGA